GCAAGGAAUGUGCACGGUGAGCAAGGAGACAACGAUGACAGGCCACAAAAGAUGGAUCUUCAGGAUCCUCGUUUGGGCAAAUGUUCACGCGAUCGUCUCGGCGAAUUUAACCGACUCGUCGGAGGUCGAUCUGUCCAACGAAAUGGACACGUUCACCACGACGAAGAGAACGUUCCCUGACAGAUGCCUCGUGAAAACCGAACCAGGACCGUGCAAGCAGCACGUUCACAAGUGGACGUUCGUCAAGACUGAGGGGAAAUGCAGGACUUUUCCUUACGGCGGCUGCUUGGGCAACGAGAACCGCUUCAAUUCGGAGGCCGAGUGUCUUCACUAUUGCGUGGGUGGUCCUGAACACACACUGCCGCCUUAUUUGGUCACAAAGGGAAGCGUGUUUGUAACGAGCACUGCGACCACGAGCACACUGCCUUCUACCACCGCCAUAACUCCGCGGCCAACGUUCGCACCGCCAGAACCAACGAAACCGCCCGUACCAAAGUACAAAAGAGGAAAGGAACUAACUUUCAUGGAAUCUGGCUACGAAAAGACUUUCAUGUUCGCGCAAAGUAACACGUUCAUUCAGCUCGACGGCAGCGGUAUAAAGCCCUUCCAACUACGGCUGUGCCGCGAGAUAUCCUUUAAAUUUCGGACGAAAUUGCCCCACGGUCUGCUGGUGUACCACAGCGUGAAGGAUCGGCCAGAGAGCCUGGACCCUUACGCCCUGUACGUGAUCGUGGAGAAAGGACAGCUGAAAGUGGUGCACGUGUUCGGGAAGCGGUCGACCAGCCUGACCGUCGGCGAAGGUCUGAACAGGGACGAAUGGCACAGCGUUCUCGUGAGAAUCGACGUUCACGGAGCGAAAUUGAUCGCCAGAGUGGACGAUAAACAGGAGGAGACCACGCUCGAAGUUUUAGAACACGUGGUCAAUUACGGGGUGUCCGAGGAACUCGCCUCUGUCGUCCUUAUCGGAGGGUUAAGUUCCGAGGAGAGAUUGCACGGCGUGAAGUACAUAAUAGAAUCGUUUGUUGGCUGCAUAAGGGAUAUGGUUCUCAGCUCGGGCAAAUCGGCCAGCGAUUUGUUGCCCAUUCAGCCUCUGAUCGCCACGAAGCACGAGAACGUGAAAGAGGGCUGCAUCGACAAAUGCAGAACGCGAGAGAAUCUCUGUUUCAUCUCGAGCCAGUGCGUGAAUCACUAUAAUAGUUUGACUUGCGACUGCUUUGGAACGAAGUACGAAGGAGAGCGAUGCGACGUGUACACGGCCACGAUCUUAACGUUAAGAGGUUCUUCGUACGUCUCCUUUCGCGUUUACGACUGGAAGGACAGAGUUCACUCGUCCGUCAAUAGGAUAAGCCUCGCGUUUAAGACGAAAUGGGACGAUUCAGCUUUGUUUUACGCGUCUGGUGAAAUCGACGGGACACCGCAUUACGUGGCGGCCUCCAUAGUGAACGGAUCGGUUCACGUUGAACUGGACUUUGGGCACAAUUCGAAGAUCGCGACGGUCCUAGGCGACUACAUCACAUCGAACCAUUGGAACAACCUGACGAUAUUUCACAACGGGUCGCUGGUCUUCGUCAGUUUGGACGAUGAGAUCAAAGUACUCGAAAUUCCCGGGGAGAACUACAAUAUGAUCAUCGAUCCUGAAAUCUACAUCGGCGGUGGUCCCGAACUGCACAAGAAGAAGGGCCUCCUCUCGCACAACAAUUUCGCAGGUUCGCUGAAAUACGUUUUCUUCAACGACAAGUCCAUUAUUUAUGAGUUGAAACGUUCCAAUCCCAUGGUGCAUUAUAUCGGCGUGUUGGAGCCGGAAUACUACGAGGCGGACGUCGAUGUGAUUCCAAUAACGUAUCCGUUCGCGGACAGCCACAUUUGGUGGCCGAUAGCACGCACCGACUCUCUUAAAUUGAACUUCGACUUCAAAAGUUCGAAGCCCGUGGCCGUGGUCGCGUCAGGGGACGUGAAAAGUAACCGUAGCCUUGGAUACUGGGAGCUCCGACUGGUGAACGAUGAAAUUCGCUUUCAACUGAUCCCGGUGUUAACGGAGAACAUCACAGUGUCGACCGGCGUGAAAUUCCCACCUUACAAUACAUCUUGGCACGCGGUCGAAUUGAAUUACACGAAAGGAGAGCUCAGCGUUCUGGUGGAUUAUCGGAACAAACAGAGCAAGCUUUUCUCCAUGACGUUCGAGCUGGGCGACAAAGUUAUCAUCGGAAGUGGAAGGAGCAACGCGGGUUUGGUCGGGUGCAUGCGUGAAAUACGGGUGAACGACGAGAGAAUAGAGCCUAGAUACGUGAUCAACACCGAGAGAGUGAUCGGCGAGGUAGCCUUGGAUAAUUGCCAAUUCGUCGAUCCUUGUACCAGGCCGAACACUUGCGAGCACGGGGGGAAAUGUUCGGUGAAAGAGGACAGGAUUACCUGCGACUGUACCGACACCGGUUACAUGGGGAAAAAUUGUCACUUUACUCAGUAUAGAAAAACCUGCGAAGAAUUGGCAUUGUUGGGAUACACCCAGGACGACGUUUACAAGAUCGACAUCGACGGAAACGGCAGAUUUCCGCCGGCUCUCGUGAAAUGCGAGUUCCAGUCCAUUGAAGAUUCGACAAAGACCAUCGUCGAGCACAAUCUACCAUCGCAGAUCGACGUCCGAUCGAUCGCGGAGACCGACUUCUCUUUGAACAUCAAGUACAGAGAGUUCACCGCGGAGAUGCUGCAGGAAUUGAUAUCGCACUCGUUGUACUGCAGCCAGUACGUCAAGUACGACUGCUACAAGGCGCCGUUAGAAUUGCACAGUGCCACGUGGUUCCUCAGCUCGAAAGGGACCACCGUGGAUUACAUUGGAAACGUGAAUAGAGGAUCCUGCCCUUGUGGAAUGAACAGGACAUGCGUCGACCCGAAUCUAAGCUGUAACUGCGACGUCUCCGGCGGGAACGCCGGGAAAUGGCUGUCCGACGAAGGAUACUACGAAACACCAGACUCCUUGGGUAUCACCGGAAUGGUGUUUUUGCAGCAAAGAGACCUCGAAGAGGACGCACAGGGACGAAUCACCUUGGGACCGUUGGAAUGCGUCGAAACGAAUACGCAGAAAUACGUCGUCACUUUCACGACCUCGCAGUCGUACAUCGAGGUGCCAGGCUGGAGGAAAGGCGAUAUAGCGUUCAGUUUCCGGACAACCGGAGAGAAAGCCAUCCUUCUGUACCAACCACCGAUCAGGAGCAAUUAUCCGUCGUUCAUGGUCGCUCUGACUUCAGAGUACCGAUUGACGUUCAACUUCACACUGAACACUGGCACGAUAAGGGAGUUGGAGGUGAACAGCCGGAGGAAAUUGAACAACGGCGAAUGGCAGAAGAUAUGGAUCGAUUACAACGAUUAUCACGUCAGAUUUAUGAUCAACACCGACUAUCAAAUGGUCAAUCUGCUGCCUGAGGAGGAGUUUGGUCCCUUCGAAGGUUCCAUGUUCAUCGGCGGAGCUACUGCAGAGCACUUGAGGACCUCCUCGGUUCGUCAAGGACUGAUCGGCUGUUUCCGCGGUUUGGUCGUGAACGGGGAGAUCUUGGACAUCCACAGCUACAUGUCGGUCCACUUGUCCGAGAUCAUAAAAGACUGCAAGCCCUCCUGUCAACCGAACAAGUGCCAGAACGGCGCCAGGUGCGUAGAACUGUGGAGCAACUUCGAGUGCGUCUGCGAGAACAGAUGGGCUCACCUUGGCACCUAUUGCGAGAGGAACAUAAACAACAAGGCGUUGACGUUCACGUCCCAAGGCGCGUUCCUCAAGAAGAACUACUUCGGCACGGACGAGGAGGACGAGGAGAAACUGCUAUUGAAGAGCAUAAUGUUGCAAAACAUUCUGAUCAAUCUGAGGACAUACGACACUCAUUCGCUGAUAUUGUACGCGAACGACCAUUUGAACAAUUUCGCUCAUCUCUACAUUUCGAACGGCACUAGUAUCGUGUAUUUAUUCAACGCUGGUAACGAGAUUAAGAACAUCACCGUAGAGUACCCGGGUGUGAAUACAGGAAUCUCGAUUCAAAUCGCGAUUAUUCGAAACGAGAGGUCGACGACGCUUCACGUGAACGAGUACAACUCCACCCUGAACGCCACACCGAUCCUAUUAGACACGUAUUCGAACAAACCUUGGACAAACCCGGAGAAGGAAGUGCUGGCGCCUCAGAGACCACCGGCACCGCCCACCAGCUACUUCCAGGUGAAUCUAGGGGGCUUCGACACGGACGACCUGCUGAGGGUCGGCAAGGAGGACAUGCAAAUCAAGGGCUACGUCGGUUGUCUUCGCGGGCUGAUGAUCGGCGAGUAUCUGGUCGAUUUGCCAAACCUCGCGAACGAGGCCAACCACGAAGGAAGCAAGGGGGUGCUGCCCAACUGUCAAAUGAAAUGCGACGCUGUGCCUUGUAAGAACCUGGGCAUUUGCACGGAAGAUUUCGGGAGGCAGGAGUCUUCCUGCAACUGCGAGCUGACCUCCUAUUUCGGGGAGCAUUGCGCCGAUGAGAAAGGAGCGGACUUCAGCGGCGAGAGUGUUCUUCAACGCGAGUUCGAUCUGGUUGGCGAAGUGAACCAAGUCAAGGUUCAACUGGCGUUCUCGACCAAUGAACUUCGACAACGCACCACGGCUCUUCUUCUCUUACAAACGGAGAAUAAAAGAAGCUACUACCUCCUGGUUGCUUUGACGUCGGAGGGCCAGCUGAUUUUCGAAGAGGACAGGGAAGGCUCCGCGUAUGGAGUGCGCCUGAACGACAGAAACUUCUUAAAUGGAGCGCGACACAGUGUCUACUAUGAUCGAGAUAACAAUACAGCCUUGCUGUUGAUCGACCGCGAGCCAGUGCAACUAUUGCCAAUUCCGGUGUUGAAUCUGGGAGACGACGAGGACGAUAGUCCAGGCGUGACAGAGAUUCAACUAGGCGGGCUGAACACGACAGACUCGCGAUUCAGCGCGUACAAAGGAUACACCGGCUGUCUGAGCAACGUCGUGGUAUCAAUCAACGGGGGACCUGGCAUGAAGCCACUCGAGGAAUAUAUGCUAUUUACGAAACAGGGCAGCGAAACUGUGAGGGCGACGAUACCUGCCGGCGUCAGGAGCGCCCAGUGCGCGGUCUUUCACGAACAACCACGUGGCCUUGAUCCACCUAGAAACGAUAGCGUGGGUCGCGACAAGACUUGGGUGGAGGAUCCGCCGGAGAGGAUACGGUAUAAAUCGCAGUAUUCGGACGCGACCCAGGAGGAACAGGGUGCUGGUACUUACAUCUUUAUCGCGUUGUGUUGCGUGUUCGUGACCGCGGUGAUCGGCUGCAUCUACGAGGUAUGGCGAAGCGCGAGGAAAGAUCGACGCCGGAGACGCGCAGCCGCGGUAGCUGGCUCGCCCGCGGUUCCAUCUCCCGGGUCCCAGAGAUGGCAAUCUCAACAGUACACGGACCCAUUGGCGGGCGGCGUGAAAACGGUCGGCUUCAAGAACGUGACCGAAGACGAGAAAAGACCGAAUGGCACGCACGUGAAGCCACCGGGCAAAGAGUAUAAACCGCUGGCCAACGCGGAGUCGAAGGACUUAAUUAAUGAUAAAAAGGUUCAUAUUAAGGCAGAUGAAGAACCAGAGAAGAAGGAGCUCCUAGGGGUAAAUACAGGCAUCAUCACUAAACCUCCGAAACCGAAUCCAUUCUCAAUGGAGGAUCUGCAGGAAGAACCGGAACUGGAAGAAUGCGAGGAAGAGGAGGCAGGUGAGGAAGACGAGGAAGAAGAAGAUGACGAUCCCAAAGAACAAAAUCCAGACGAAGAAGAAAGAUACCAGACGAAAGCAGAACGUACUGACGAUAAUGAUUUUGUCGAGUCGCCGGAAAAUUCGUCUAGGAUAAAUGUUGAGGAGAGUGUUGACUCAUUAAACAACAAUCCCGAACACGAUGACACGAAAACGCAGUACGAAGUCGAGAGGCAAUCACACUAAAUGGUAUUGGACAGCGAGUAACAAUCCAAGAUUUCUCUCCAGGUUCUGCAAGCCGUUUCAUUUUCAAUCUGCAACCAAUCUAUUUACCGGAUGAUCGAAGAAUAUUCGGAUGCCCACUGAACUAUUUUGGCAUUGCGAAAUACGAAUCAAGAAACAGAAAUUCCGUUGAAUCAAUAUUGUCUUUGGAUUGAUGUUUCCCGAAUGUAUAGGAG